AUGGGUGACGAAAGUCAAAAUACGUGUACUAGUGAAUCCCGAGAUAGACAAAUCCUGCGUGAUUUUAUUGCUCAAUACAAACAGUUGCCGGAAUUAUGGGAUGUGCGUAGUAAAGAAUACACACGACGUGAUAAAAAAAAUGCGGCUUAUGAACAAUUACUUACUAUUUAUAAGGGUUUGAAAUGUGAUGCUUCUAUUGACGACGUUAAAAAAAAAAUUAACACUUUAAGAAGUAAUUUUCGAAAAGAACUUAAGAAAAUAAAUGAUUCAAAAAGAAGUGGAGCUGGAGCAGAUAAUGUAUAUGAACCGUCGUCAUGGGUAUUUGAAGAAUUAACUUUUUUGACAAAUUUGGAAAAACCUGUUGAAAGCUAUUCGUCAAUAAAUGAAGAAAUCAAUAAUACCGUAAGAUAUUUUAUUUUAGUAUAUUACAAGCAUUAUACCUAUGAUUUAUAA